GUGAUGAUGACCAGCUGCUUGCGAUGAACUUCGUGUGAUGCUGCACCGCAUGGUGAGAGCUGAGUAAGGAAAAUGGCGUUAACCGUUCCUUGUCUUGCUGUGCGGGGUUCCACCGGCAUUGCUCUGAGCAAUGGCCCUCCAUCCUACACCGAGGUGUCAUCCUUCACCAAGGACGACAGUAAAUUCUGCAAGGCCAUGACAUUCAGUCCAGACGGGCGUUACUUCGCCUGGAUAUCUGGUCCCACUGUCAAAAUCGCUCUCACCACCUCCUGGCAGAUCAUCACAGUCCUGCAAAAGCCCAAAGUCUGCGCUAUCAAGUUCUCCACCUUGGGAAAUUACCUCAUGACUUGGGAACCUUUCAUCGUAUCGCCAUCUAAUCCUCAGGGUGGUCCACAGUUGCAUAUAUGGAGAUCAGAGAAUGGAGAACUCGUGAAGAGUUUCAUUCAGAAAAGACAGAGUGAUUGGGCGCCCCAAUGGUCCGGCGACGAGAAACUAUGUGGUGUCCUGAUAAAUCACGACAUACUCUUCUACGAAAACACAAACUUCGAUACAAUAAAGCAUAAAUUCAAUUCAACGAAAGUCGGAAAAUUCAGAAUUGGCUCAAAAUGCUCUCCCUACCACAUCAUUUUUUAUUUACCAGGAAAAUCUAGUGAGCCCUCAUUCGCUCGUCUGUUCGAAUAUCCAAAAUUCGAUAAAACCGAGUCCCUGGCGAACAAAAGCUUCUUCCAGGCAGACAAAGUGGACAUUCACUGGAACGAUAGAGGCACCUGUGCCCUGAUCCUCACGAGUACAGACAUGGACAAAACAGGAGCUACUUACUACGGAAAACAGGCUCUGCACUAUAUCAGUGUCUCUGGAGAGACAGCAAUGGUCGCCCUCAAUGACGAGGGUCUGAUUCACGCAGUGGAGUGGUCGCCAAAAUCCUCAGAGUUCCUCGUUAUCUACGGUCUGAUGCCAGCAAAAGCGACACUCUUCAAUCUAAAGUGCGAGCCAAUCUUCGAGUUCGGUAAAAAGCACCGAAACAGCAUUUAUUACAAUCUCCAGGGUAAUAUAGUAUUGUUGGGAGGUUUUGGUAAUCUUCGAGGUGGAAUUGAGCUGUGGGACACUGCCAAGAGGAAACUGAUAGCCCAGACAGACGCACCAGACAGUACAUUACUCCAGUGGUCACCAGAUGGUGAACACUUUGUGACAGCAACGACAGCUCCUCGACUUCGAGUUGCCAAUGGCUUUAAAAUCUGGCAUUACACUGGCACUUUGCUGUACGAAAGACCCUGGAACAAGCAGGAGGAGCUCUGGGAGGUGCACUGGCAGGUGUUUCCUAAGAAUGUCUUCCCUGAGAAGACGAUAAGUUAUAAAGCUGUGGAGGGAAUAGCUCCCAGUCAGCCUCAGGCCUCGAAGCAGGCGUACAGGCCACCCUCUGCCAGGGGCCAGACUAUCUCCUUCAAUCUUCAUGACGAUGAGGAUUUGCCUGGUAAAUCAGAGCCAUCCAAGGCUGCCCUCAAGGCCAGGAAGAAACGAGAAGCUAAGAGGACUAAGAAAGAGCUGGAGGGAGCGCCUGUCAAUGGACAGAGAAACUCAGGGCCCAGGGGACAGAACAGGGAUAAUCCUGAUCUCACUGAUGAUCCGGAGAAGAAUAAGAAGAUCAAAAAGAUCAAGAGCAAAUUGGAACAGAUUUGCAAACUCAAGGAACAGUUAACGGCUGGUAAACAACUCGAGGUCAAUCAGCUUGAUAAAAUUAAGAAGGAGAACGAACUCCUGAAGGAACUCCAGGAUUUAAUAUUGUGAUACAUGAUUCAUCGAUCUCAAAAUAAGGAAGAGAGGGAUAACUUGUCGAUUUAAGCGGAAUAUCUCGGGAUCUGGGGAAGAUACGGAUUUUUUUAUGACAAGAUUUUUUGGAGAUCUCGUUUUGCUCUAUAGAAAAGGUCCUGAGGAAUAUUUUCGUGGAGAUCUUGGAUGCGGAGGUAGACGCCGAUAACUCGGGAAACGAGCGGAACAGAGUCGACUUGUUAUUUUGUAUCUCUUUGGUAUUGGCGUGAGUGACGAUUACUGCAGAAUGAUUUUUGAAUGGAUACUAAUCGAUAAUUGAUCACCUGGUGGAGGGAAAUCACUGUUCGUGUAAGGGUAAUGCGAUGUGUUUAGAAAAUUUCAUUGGUUGGGGAAUUAAUUGCCAAUUGUGAGGACUCGAGGACUGCUACGCAUUUUCAAUUAUUACAGAUCGAUAUUUUAUUAAAAUUGGACUUAAGAAUUAUGCAUCACAAGGAGAUAGGAUAAACUGUAAAAAUGGGAAACGUGUGAAUCAUGAUGUACACUGAUUAUUCCUGGUCUGACGGAGCUAAAUUGUUCAUCUUUUCGUCGUUGUAAUUAAAUCUGGCAAUGAAGA